AGGGGCCUACAAGAAACGAAAAGAAGGUGUUUGUUGCCCUUAUGCGUUUUAAACUAUUCCCAGCACACCUGGGGCUAUAAUUUUCAGUAAAUGGGAGCGAAUACGUAGUUUUUAUCGAUGCUGCAGAUGUGGACGUGAAGAUGCUGCUGUCUGCAGCCUGCAGUGAAACAGGAGAAAUGUCUGCAGCAGCCAGCAUCCAUGCACAACGUGUCCUGUCCUCAUUAAACCAGCAGAGGGCAGCAGGAAAAUUUUGUGAUGCAGUGUUGAAUAUAGGAGGAGGAGUGGUCCACUUGGCCCAUCGAAACAUCCUGGCCUGUUUCAGUGAACUUAUCCAGCAGCCUGACAUGCAGACGCCUCCCUACACAGAGUUCUGCCUCCAGGAGUGCCCGAAUGAUGGUCUGGAGCUGCUCCUGAACUUUGUCUACACCGGAGAGCUGAAGUUGGACCCUGAAAACUUGGACAAGGUGCAGCAGGCAGCAGUCAGCCUGAGUGUCCCAGAGGCAGUCACACUCUGUCAGCAGUUUAGGGAAACAUCUGUGAACCCUGCUCCUGGGAAGAGAAGAAGAGGAAGGCCUAGAAAGUCUGCACAGGAUGCGACCCCAUCUUGUUUGGUUAAAGAGGAGAACUUCAUCACAAAUACUAAAGAAGAGCCCAGCUAUGACGCUGCUGCUGCCAGUUCAGGCACCUCCACUAUCACUACCACACGCUCUGGUCGGUUAGUGAAGGGUCCAAGGCGACUAGUGACUGAUGAAAGCCCUCAUACUGACUCUACAUCACUAGAUAAAGGCAGCAAGAACACUCUGAUUGCUCCCAUAGAGAGAGAAGGGGGUGAAGCUUUGGAAAACCAAAGUGUUGAAAUUGAGGUAAUAGAGCUGCAGAUCGACUUAAAUGCAAAGGACGUUUGCCAGGUAGCAGAGGAAGCAGCAGAAGAUGACGAUGAGGAUGGAGGGGAUUUUGAGGCGAUGAAUGACGAUGCAGAUGAGGAGUACAUCCCCACUGCAGAGCCAAGCUCUUCAGCUUCAUCUACAUCAGCACUACGAAAACGCAGGCCUGUGUGUAAAGCAGAGAAAAAUGAGAACGGUGAGGCCGUGGAGGAAGACUCAAAGAAGGAUUGUGUGCAGUGUCCCAUCUGUGACAAAUCCUUCAAGAGCAAAUACUAUCUUAAAGUCCACAACAGGCGACAUACAGGGGAGAGGCCGUUUGGGUGUGUUAAAUGUGGAAAAAGGUACUUCAGGAAGGAGAAUCUUUUGAUACACGAGGUCAGAGACUGCACCAAAGUACAGACAUACACCUGUGUGACGUGCUCAGCAAUCUUUAAAGGAAAAGAAGAGCUCCGUCUGCACAUCGUCAGCCACACAGGGAACAUGCCCUACAAGUGUGCCACGUGUUCUGAACAGUUCAUGAACAAGAAGAACCUGAUGACUCACAUGAUGAAGGUCCACGGUCACCCCAAACCCAACGCAUGCCCCCAGUGUCCUAAAACCUUCCUGACAAAGACGGAGCUGCGGGUGCAUGAAGCUGCCAAACAUCGAGGAGAAAAGCCGUUUGUGUGUGAGGAGUGUGGCCAUCGAGCGUCCAGUCGAAAUGGCCUGCAGAUGCAUAUCAAAGCCAUUCACAGAAACGAGCGUCCUUUUGUGUGUACCAUAUGCAGCCAUGCCUUCUCCCAGAAGAACAACCUAACUAUGCACCUGCGUAUACACAGUGGAGAGCGGCCUUACCAGUGUCAUCUAUGUGGAAAAACCUUCAGGACACAAGCCAGUCUAGAUAAACACAACCGGACACACACUGGUGAGCGUCCGUUUAGCUGUGAUGUGUGUGAGCAGCGUUUCACAGAGAAAGGAGCUCUCCUCCGACACAAGGCCAGCAAGCACGAGGAGGGACGGCCACACUGCUGUCACAUCUGUGGGAAAACCUUCAAAGCAAAGGAGCAGCUUCGAGUUCAUCUGCGCCGCCAUAAAGGCAUGAGGAAGUUUGAGUGUAACGACUGCGGCUACAAGUUCACUCGACAGGCUCACCUGCGACGUCACGUUCAAAUCCACAAACGCACCGAGAACUACAACCCGAGGCAGAGGAAGCUGAGGAACGUGAUUGUGCAGGAAGUGGACAGGUGUCCUUUAGAAGAUCCCUCUCUGACGGAGGAAGCGGACUACAACCCUGAAACCGACAGUGUCCAGGAAUCCUCACACCCAGAGCCGGACUCUGGUCUCAGUUCUAGCUGCAUAGUGAGGGUUGUGAUCGCACCGAGGGAUGCGGUGAUGGAGGAGGUGGUGUCCAAUCAGAACCUGGGACACAUGGAGGCAGCAGACGGUUUCUCUGUGCAGGAAGUGUUGCAGCAGACCCAGCUAGGCGAUGAGUACCAGUCCACGAUAGAUAUGGAGGGAAUGGUUGAGAAUAUAGCAGGGAGUAAGACCUGAAGACUGAAGACCAGAGACUGAAAGCAGCUCAGAAUGACAAAAAAUUACAUGAGAAGCACUCACAUUAGUCACAAGAUUAUUGUGCUUGUCAUUAAAAAUUAGGCCUUACGGAUAAACAAGGAUGACUAUUUAUACUCUUGACUAGUGAAGGAAGAGUUGCAACAAUUUCUCCCUCUAUAGAUAAAACAUGAAAUAAAGUGCAUGUUUCAUACAGCUGCUUGAAUGUGAAUGGUCAUGCUUGACAUGCUUUUAAACAGCCGCUUUUAUUCAUGCUCCUACAGCUGCUGGCAUCUCUCAAGAUCAUUUUGUUUUGAAGUCUAAAAUAUUAAAAUCAUCAAGUGCCACUCAGA